CCUUUGUUUUCCGAUCUACCUUACCCUACACAAAUCUCCUAAACAAAUUCUCUUGAUCUUCCUCACACCCAAAAACCCUUUCAAAUCUUACGAUCUACUAUCCAACAUAAGCAAUUCAAUCUGAAAGUCUCUGUCUUUGAGUACAUUUUGGGUUUCAUUCAAUACAUAUAAAGAUAGAAUCAACUGGUUUUCCGGUGAUGAAGGCAGAAUUGGGAAGGAUACAUUGAUAUCUGGAUAAUAAUUAUGAUGAUGAUGGUAAUGGAAUGGGAAGUGAGGGGUUUGUAACAUUUUUGGGGAAAAUUUUGUGUAUUGGUGGUGUUUGUGUUUGUGUUUGUGUUUGUGUUUGGAUUGGUGGUGGGUGGAUAGCAGAGAGCAGAAACAAUGGCGGAGGGGCAGUCGGGUUCCGGUGGGAGCUGGACGGACUCUUACAAAGGAAUGUCCUCGGAUAAUAUUAAGGGAUUGGUAUUGGCAUUGUCUUCAAGUUUCUUCAUUGGAUCCAGCUUCAUUGUUAAGAAAAAGGGUUUGAAGAAGGCUGGCGCCUCUGGGGUUAGGGCGGGUAGUGGAGGUUAUUCUUAUCUCUAUGAGCCACUUUGGUGGGUGGGCAUGAUAACUAUGAUUGUUGGGGAGGUCGCUAAUUUUGCAGCUUAUGCAUUUGCACCAGCUAUUCUUGUCACUCCUCUUGGUGCUCUUAGUAUCAUUAUCAGUGCUGCUCUAGCACAUAUUAUACUGCACGAGAAAUUGAACAUUUUUGGGAUUCUUGGGUGUGUUCUAUGUGUUGUGGGUUCAACUAACAUUGUUCUGCAUGCUCCUCAAGAACGGGAAAUUGACUCUGUCAAAGAAGUAUGGGAUCUUGCAACAGAGCCGGCUUUUCUUCUGUAUGCGGCUGUUGUAAUUGUGGCAGUGUUUAUUCUCAUAUUCCAAUUUGUUCCGCAAUAUGGUCAGACAAAUGUGAUGGUAUAUGUUGGCAUUUGUUCACUCAUGGGCUCCCUAUCAGUCAUGAGUGUUAAAGCACUUGGAAUUGUUUUAAAGUUAACAUUUUCAGGAAUGAAUCAGUUAAUAUAUCCUCAAACUUGGGUUUUCGUCUUGGUGGUACUUACCUGUGUGCUUACUCAAAUGAACUAUUUAAAUAAGGCUCUUGAUACAUUCAACACAGCUGUUGUGUCUCCCAUAUACUAUGUGAUGUUUACAACAUUAACAAUUUUGGCUAGUGUAAUCAUGUUCAAGGACUGGGAUCGACAAAACCCAACCCAGAUUAUCACAGAAAUUUGUGGGUUUGUUACUAUCCUUUCAGGGACUUUUCUUCUUCACAAGACAAAGGACAUGGUUGAUGGUGCCUCAACAUCAGCACGUCUUUCUAAGCACUUAGAAGAAGAUGAUUUUGGUGCUGAAGGUAUUCCUCUCCGGCAUCAAGACUCCAUGUGAUCACCAUAGUUGUAUUCUUUGAUUCAUUGCUCUUCUUGUUUGAUGACACUACACAUAUUUUGGGGGAGAGACUUGCUGCCAUCGCCCUGUACAUUAUCCAUCUAUCAUGUUGGUCCCAACAACUGUUUCAGAUGAAAAUGAGCAAAGAUGAUGGCUGGAUCAGAGUUUCUCAAGUUGAAUUUGAAGAUGACUUUCAGCUGCUUGCUGUCAAUAUGCCCUUCUAACUUCCCCCCAGCUUGUAGUCCUCUUAGGAAAUUGUAAUUUUGGGAAUAUUAUCUUAAACAGUGAUGUAUCCUAGCUUAAAAUCUACUUAGAUUUCUAGAUAACAGUGGCUAGGAAAUUGAGGAAGAGAUUGGAUAAUUUGGUAAAAGAAAUUUCCAAUUCAUUC